UGGGAUCAUUAAGCGCACAUCGCUUUAGUUAGCCGCACGAUCGGUUCGUCGCUUGUCGCUAUCUUCAGAGGCACUUUUGUUGUUGGCAUUGUUGCGCGCGCACAAAGCAAAACUAAUUAAAAGUGAACCCGAAAACAUAUAAACAACAAUAACAAACGCCAACUAAUUAAUAAAUCAUCUGCGAAUUCAAACUAAUAACUAAUCUAAUAGUCGCAUCUAAUCAAAAGUCGCGAAUCGCAAGUGCAACAACAAUUGUACUAACAUACAUAUACAAAUAUUAUUUUGUAAAUAUUUUGAAGGAGUUUCGCCGAAAAUUGUGUUAUUGUAGUUGCCACGCGUUUAAGUGUUAAGACGAAGUCGUGCUUUAUAUUUAGAAUAAGCACUCUGUGUUCAGGCAGCGCUCACCUGUUGUGUGUGUACGUGUGUGUCGGGGCGCGCGUGAGAUUAUCGAGCGGCUUUAUUAAAGACUUAAAAAUGGCUCGCCUUACUUUCCUGUUAGCUCCACUGCUUCUGAGCUGUCUUCUACUGAGCACUCAUGUGGAUGCCAAAGAAUACAUGCGUUGCCAGUUGGCGAAAGAGCUUUUGCUAAAAUACGGUAUCAACAAAACGUUUCUCUCUAACUGGAUUUGCUUGAUCGAGCACGAGAGCAAUAGGAGCACCAAAGUGGUGAAACGAAAUCCUAACGGCAGCGCCAGUUACGGACUCUUCCAGAUAAGCAGCAAAGAAUGGUGUCGCGUCAAUCGCAAAGGUGGCCUUUGCGAUAAGAAAUGUGAAGACUUCCUUGAUGACAACAUAGACGACGAUGUGGAGUGUGCGAAGCGAAUAUUCGAACGUAAUGGCUUCAAAUAUUGGUCCGGCUGGUGUGCCUCGUGCCGCAACACCCAGAACCUGCCGAAUCUCGGCCUGGCGUGCAACAUACAGACAGUGUAAACGAUAGUGAAACGUGGUGGAGUGUAGUGGCAUUUUGUAACUACGAAACAGCAAUAUGCUACACACACACACAUGUACAUAUAUGCGUCACAUUUUGCGUGACUUCGCAUACCAUUGGCAACGCUACUUACUAAAUAACAUUACAAGAAGGGAUGAAACAAAUUUAGAAAUCAAAUACAUAGAUGUAGUUUCAGCAAUAAAUUUAUUUUGAAUUCUCUUUUGAUGUUCUAGCAA